GUCAUCGGUUGAAAGAUAAACGUCACCUCAUGCAAAUUCCCAAUUGUCAAAGAUAGUCAGCUGACUGUCUUGUGAUAGAUUUUCAUCUUUUCCAUAAAUUUUAACAUCGUCUUGUGAGUUUUGUGGGUGAGGUGAUAAGGAUAACAAACCUCAAAAUGUCGAAGCUACCGAAAAUUGGAGAUGAAGAAAGGGAGGGAGAAUAUGGAUACGUCCAUAUGGUCUCAGGUCCAGUCGUUACCGCGGAAAAAAUGAGCGGAUCCGCUAUGUACGAGUUGGUGAGGGUCGGUUACAAUGAACUUGUCGGAGAAAUUAUCCGUUUGGAGGGUGACAUGGCUACAAUUCAAGUAUAUGAAGAAACCUCAGGUGUAACAGUAGGCGACCCUGUCCUAAGAACGGGCAAACCUCUGUCAGUAGAACUGGGACCUGGUAUCAUGGGUUCCAUUUUUGAUGGUAUCCAACGUCCCUUAAAAGACAUUAACGACUUGACCCAGUCCAUUUACAUCCCCAAGGGUGUAAAUGUGCCAUGUCUAUCCAGGACAGCCCAGUGGGAGUUCAAUCCCGUCCACAUCAAGAUGGGUUCUCAUUUGACCGGAGGCGACAUCUAUGGUAUGGUCCAUGAAAACACUUUGGUGAAACACAAAAUGAUUUUGCCUCCAAAGGCAAAGGGUACUGUGACAUAUAUCGCCGAGGCAGGCAACUAUACUGUGGACGAUGUGGUACUUGAGACCGAAUUCGACGGAGAACGCACCAAAUACACCAUGUUGCAAGUGUGGCCCGUACGUCAACCGAGACCUGUGAGCGAAAAAUUGCCGGCCAACCACCCACUGCUCACCGGACAACGUGUACUCGAUUCACUUUUCCCCUGUGUACAAGGAGGUACCACCGCCAUCCCCGGCGCUUUCGGUUGCGGUAAAACCGUAAUUUCACAGGCCUUGUCCAAAUAUUCCAACUCCGAUGUCAUCAUUUACGUCGGUUGCGGUGAAAGAGGUAACGAAAUGUCUGAAGUACUACGUGACUUCCCGGAGUUAACGGUCGAAAUCGACGGUGCCACCGAAUCUAUCAUGAAACGUACCGCUUUGGUGGCGAACACCUCAAACAUGCCCGUGGCCGCCCGUGAGGCCUCCAUUUACACCGGAAUCACUUUGUCCGAGUAUUUCCGUGAUAUGGGUUACAACGUUUCGAUGAUGGCCGACUCCACCUCACGUUGGGCCGAAGCCUUAAGAGAAAUUUCAGGUCGUUUGGCUGAAAUGCCCGCCGAUUCCGGUUAUCCCGCUUACUUGGGAGCACGUUUGGCCUCGUUCUACGAACGUGCCGGUCGCGUUAAGUGUUUAGGUAAUCCGGACAGAGAGGGCUCCGUGUCCAUCGUAGGCGCAGUAUCGCCACCUGGUGGUGACUUCUCAGAUCCCGUCACUUCCGCCACUUUGGGUAUCGUACAGGUGUUCUGGGGUUUGGACAAAAAGUUGGCCCAACGCAAGCAUUUCCCUUCGGUCAACUGGCUGAUUUCUUAUUCCAAAUAUAUGCGCGCCCUGGACGAUUUCUACGACAAGAACUUCCCGGAGUUUGUGGCUUUGAGGACGAAAGUUAAGGAAAUCUUACAGGAAGAGGAAGAUUUGUCCGAAAUCGUACAGCUGGUAGGUAAGGCCUCCCUGGCCGAAGGCGAUAAGAUCACUCUCGAGGUUGCCAAAUUGCUUAAGGAAGAUUUCUUGCAACAGAACUCCUAUUCUGCCUACGAUAGGUUCUGUCCCUUCUAUAAAACAGUCGGUAUGUUAAAGAACAUGAUCGGUCUGUACGAUAUGGCCAGACACGCCGUCGAAAGUACGGCCCAAUCGGAGAACAAAAUCACUUGGGCCGUAAUUAGGGAUUCGAUGAGUAACAUCUUGUACCAGCUGAGCAGUAUGAAGUUCAAAGAUCCGGUCAAAGAUGGCGAGGCUAAAAUUAAGGCCGACUACGAUCAACUGUACGAGGACAUCCAGCAGGCGUUCAGGAAUUUGGAAGAUUAAAACGGUUCAAGUUAGAAUUAAGUCUCCUCCUCCUCCUCACUGUCUUGGUUUAUUAAUUAUUGAGAAAAAUGGUUGAACCACCAAAAUUUCACGAUAUUAUUGUACAAUAAUAAUUGUUGUAGCCAUCUUAGUAGAUUUCUAUGUUAUAAUGUUAAUAUAUAUAUAUAUAUAUAUAUGCGGCAGAGGUGAGGGUAGAACUACUACAUACGUUAAUCUUUACGAUUCCCUUCAUUCCAUUUAUGUUUAAGAAACAUUUUAUUUUAUUGUACAAACGGUGCUUUAUAACUUUUAUUCCAGUAUUAUCAGUUUCAACUUUUACUCGCCAACCAAAAUAUAAUAAUUACAUACACAACUUACUGUAUAUUGUACAUCGGUUUAUGUUUUACCAUUUUUAUUUUUCAAAUUGUAUAAAUGUAUAAUGCGUAAAAAUCUAUUAUUUUAUUUUAGAUAGUUAAGUGUAGUGCAAUUUAUUGUUCUAUUUUGAACAAGAAUAAAAGCAUUAUUGUUCCAUGUUA